AUGUAAGAGAGACUCUUCAUCCAAGCCUAAACAAAGACUUUCUUCCUAAAGGAAAUUUUUUCGUAAAAUUAUUCCUUAGUAUAUUGUUUAUUCUAGAUCCCUGGCUUCAAAACUGUUAAUCAAAACUAAAAAACAGGGAAAACACCAAAGAAACAAGAUGAUAUCAUUAUGGAUUAAUAUGAGAAAUUUAAGAAGUAGGAAUUACUCACAGAUAUAGAAUAACAAAGAGCUGCAUUUAUCAAAACAAAGAAACAUUUUUCCAAUCAUAAAUUUUACAGCGCUUUGCCAUAAUCUAACUUUGAUGUACCUGUGAUUAGAAACGCUUCGCCUUAUAUAUCUUAAGACGAGGAACUUAGAAAGUAAUAUUUGGCUAGCAAAUAAAACUGGAUAGCUGAUAAGGAUUUCUAAACUAACUUUGGGAAAGCUAGCUAAAUGACGAAAAAUUACAUAGAAAACUAUGUAAUUAGAGACCCCUCACCCCCACCCAUUAAUCAUAAGUUUAGAGAUGAUGAUAAAAAUUAUGUUGGUGGUCCAUUCAUUUUAUACUUUUGA